UUCUGAGUAUGGGAAGAAAUAUUGAACCGUUGUGACCCCGAUUUCAUCGCCACGAUGGCGUCGCCACACCAAAUCCUAGGGCGCAAAGGGACCCCAAAUCUCCAGCGAGUGAAUGCCUAUAGCAUUUUCUUCUCCAACUUCUUUGUGUGUUGUUUUUGUAAUCUUGCUUUUGCUACCCUCUGUUUUUUAUCGUCUUGACUGACGUGUCGUGGAAAAAGUUAAUUGUCAACAUAAUUAAUUAACCCAGUUAGUUAACCACUGUUGAAUGAAAUUAGGAGGGAGUUGGGCACAGUAGGAAGAAAGAGAUUGGGCCGAUUUUUUUGAAGGAAGGUUUUGAUUUGAUUUCCGGAUUGCAUUUUUUGGAUUGGAUGUCGCCAUAUUUAAUGGGAGACAUUAUUAUUCCGGAAGGAUCCUAUUGCUGUACCGUUGUGGACAAGAAAUCGUAAAGAGAAUGAAGAAUUUCCGAGGUAGAAUUGUUCGAGUGGACGACAACGACUACUUUGUGGAAGAUUCCGAUUCUGAGACGGAUUCAGAAGUCGGCGCAAUUUACGAGGAAGACGACCUACAAGUUUUAUUCACCCGACCCGGUGGUCCAUUUGGCCUCGCGCUUUACACCGAUUCGGACUCUGACAGCGAGGGUGGUGGGGGCGGUGAGGGGGACGAGGUUUCCCUGCGUGGCGAAUUUUCCGGAGAAUCCAGCACUGCCGAGUCGGACGAUAUUUCCCUUGACGAUUUAUUCAUCCCAGUCACGACGUUGAGCCGGUCGCGCCAGUUGGCGACGAGUCAGACGAAUAAUCACGAAAACGAGGCGGAGGACGUCAGUUUGGAGGGCUACUUUGCAUUUGGGGGAGAAAGAAGGAGAACCGUGAGUGGACGGGGGAGCGGUGGGGUGUUGUCGGGCUCGAGAUUGGCGGAAGUUCGGACGACGAGUGCGGCUUCGUCGAAUACUUCGAGUUCUGGAGUUGUAGAGAAUAAUACGACGGGAGCUUCGCCGGGAGGAGCAACUUCAUCCCUCACGCUUUCACCAGCAGCGAUAGAAUCCCUUAGUUUGGGGGAGGUCGGAUUAGAGCAAAUUUUAAGGAGAGCGAUUGCCAUGAAUGAAGCUGCGAUCGUGUCAAGAAUUGCGGCGGAGGAGGCACGACGAGCAGAAGAAACGGAAAACGCUACUACUGUGGGGACGAGCUCGACAGCUGAGGUGGGUGGAGCGGAAGUAGUAGCAACGGCGUCGUCUGCAAACAGUGUGGGAGGAGGUAACGGUGAAGAUAAGCAUGUCGUCAAAAAUGGUGGUGACGAAGAGGAAGACGAAAUGCGAGGGUCGGCUGCUAAAAGGCUAAAAGUAUCGGAAAAUGAUGAUAACGACACUGCCCCCAGUACGACGACUAGUGAUGCAGUCCCACCACCAUCGUCCUCCUCCUUCCUAACAGUAGUAGGUCCCGCGUCCGAGAGUGGCGAAAGUGGUCGCACCCCUGAACCUGAAGCGGACGUCACGUGUAACCCGAUGGUCUCGGAUGUGGAAGAAUUGGAGGAAAACGACAAUGUCCUGCGAGGCGAUAGAAUCGGAGCGACGACAUAUUCAGAGCGACAUGUUAUCAAAAUAUUAAUGAAAUGGGUUCAGGAACUCCCAAAAUAUUCGGACGACGGGACAACAAUAGCAAAAGAGGAUAAGACGUCGGAUGACGUCGCAGCAGCAACAGAAAAUCCUGCCCCCGUCGUGGACAAGAAUCGCUUUCUUGAGCCGGACUUUGAAGAAGAAAUGGCUCUCUUGUGGGACAUGAGCUUUGAACCGGACGUCAUGAAUUUUCUCGUCCAACAAAACGCGUUCAAUAUUAUUCGAGAAACUUUGCAUGCGUCAUGCUGUGAUCGACUCACGGAAAUCGGACUUGGAAUCAUGGCCAAUAUAAUUUCGCAGCAGAGCAUCGUUGAGGAUUUUUCGAUUCAUGACGCUUCCCUGAAAUUGGUUGAGGGUGUGGUCUCCCUUGCCCAAAAGAUGCCCCGUGUGUCCGUCCUCAUCCAAGUUUUUGCAGUGAUGCGACGCAUCACAUGGUUUUUAGGAAACGUUGCCCUCGUCCAAGGUUGGAAGGGGUUGCUGCUAAGUCAAGAUUUCCUUAAUUGUGCUAAUUUUAUCCUAUCCAGCUCAACAAAUGCACUCCUUCUGGGAAACGUGAUCGUAUCUCUGUUCUCAAUUUUGGAAGCGUUAAGUCCCGAUCUUCAAGAUAAAGAGGAAGAUGGCGGUCAAGGCGAAGGCGUCGGUGGGGAUGAGGGUCACGAUGAUGGAGAAGAAUCGACGAGCUCCUUCUUUGGAAAAGUGUUGCAAGAAAAGAAGAAAGAUUACGAAAAUUACAAUCCAUUCUGCAAAACCGAAUUUGUCUCAGCCCUCUGCGAAGGGCUGAACGAGCUGUUGAAGAAUCCUAAGCCGAGAAAGGUGCAAAAAAUGACGAGCACUCAUACUCACGAGAAUCAUGGUCCCUUAGGUGACGACGCAACUGACGAGCGAACGCUGGACGAUAUGGAACCCCAAAUACCAGAGGGUCACGUCCAAACUGCCGUUUUGAACGGACUGAGUUGCUUCGUCUACUUGUAUAAAACUCCAAACGGAAAACAAACAAUUAGGGAGAAUUACAAAUCAGUUCUUUCCUUUUUGUUGAACCUUCUCCGUAAAUUUGGGCUUUGCACGGACUCGACGAGCCGAUCGAGCACUCUGGACUACUUUUCCCUGGGCGUCAGUCUCCUCUCGUUUUGCCACAAGCAGGAAGAUUUUCUCGUCCAGGACGCCAUGAAAGUACCGCUCGACACUGCCGCCCAACUCAUGAUGGAGGAGGAAGAGUUGAGAACGCAGGUGCAGCAAAAGGACGGAAUCUCUCACGACUCGAAGACCUUUAUUGCGCUCGUCCUUCACGAGUAUUACGCCUCCCUCGCCGACAACUUUGGUCAGGAUGGGAUCACCCACUUUAAAACGGACCUGGUCACUGCGUCCGAUCAAAAUCGGGCCAGUUCUGCGAAAAAGUAUGCGCAAUUUUUGGAUUUGGUCGAUAAACUCGUGACCACUCGAGUCGCCAAGGAGGAGGAGGAAUCUUCUAAAGUAAAUCUUCUUGCGGAAGUGCAAGAGACCAAGAACGCUUAAGCUGAAUGAAAUUAUUUAUUGGAAAGAAAGACGUAUAUUAAUUAAUUAUUGAAGUGUUAAGAAUAUAUGUAAAUGAAUCCUAAACUAUUGUAAAUUACAAUUUGUAUUGUAAUAUUAUAGUUAAAUCGAGUUUUGACGUAAGACUGGCUGACUUAAUGGGAAAAUCGUAAAAAUUUCAGCACAUUUUUAAUCAUUUCUCGCCUCUGGGAAUUCAUUUUAAAAUUCUUAACGACAAAUUCGUAGUUAGUGAGGUGAUUAAUGGAAUAGCUUGAGUUUUUGAGCAAGUUUCGAUGAGUUCCCAUUUUUCUGAAGGUUUCUUAAACUUGAGAUCUCCUCCUUCAAAAAGUGUCAAAAUCUGGAGUGGAUAUUUCUAAAAAAAAUUGGCAACGACUUCCGCAGUUCCGCUCUUCAAAUUUGUCGGGCAGAAAUUUAAAAUAAAUUCCCAGAGGCUGGAAAUGAUUAAAAAUGUGGGGAUUUUUGGCGAUGAGUUAGAUCGUCCUACGUUAAUGGUACUGUUAUCUUGUUUCGAAAUGUUUUAAUAAAUGUGUAUGAUACCUGUUGUAUUGUAACUUUCAAGUAUGUUUAAAAAAUUGUAAUUGACUUCAAAUUUUUGAAAUGGAAGGUUGGAAUUAAAUUUCUGAAUGUUUAAAAAAUAUA